AACAGUAAAGUCUAUGGCUGAACCAAAAACCAAAGGCACAGGAAAGUCAUCGUUUGGUUAGGUCGGUUGCGCAACUGUAAAAAUGCCGUUUUAUCAAUUUAACUCGUUUACUGGUAGAUUAAAACCGUCUACCAAUUUUCAACCGUUGUAUCCUCUCUCUCCUAUUCCUUUACAGAGGUCAGAACCAGUAAUAAUCUAUGACACCAUCAAAACCAAACCAUUAACAGUUACACCAAAGUCAGGAUAUUGCACUGACAAACCACCCACUCUUGACCCAAAACUAUGGGCAAAAUACAAACAUUUCGGGUCUGUGCUGGAUAAGCCUGUAUACUUAGCAGGUGGCAAAAAAGACAAGAUAUUAUUCGGAAUCACAGUCGCAUACGUCGGCAUUUGCACGCUACAAUCACUCGUGUUUGUUGCUAAAGAUUGCUUGAAUAUUAUCUGAAUAUAAAUAAGUGAAUAUUAUGUAGAUAUAAUAAAGUGUAUAGAUGUAUACUCUGGUAUUAUAAUUCUCUGUAUUAACAUUACUAAUGUCGCAAUGAGAAUUAUACAUAAAUAUAUUAUUAAAAAUUAUAAAAAGGA